GUCAGUGUCAGUUUGACAUUUCUCUAAGCAAACCGAUUUCCUUUUUUUGUCAAGAAAAAGCAAAUUAAAACAGAUUAAGUUUGGUGCUGUGUAUUGCUUUCUCUUUGAUAAUAUAUUUUAUUGAAAAUAUUAAAAACUGCCUUGAUUAUAUUUCUAUUUAUAUGUGUAAUAACCUCAUAAAUCAAACAUAAAAUUCACAAUAAUGGACAAGGAAUCGGAAAACAAUGCAAAUUUAUCAGAAGAACCACCGGAAAAUACCGAAGAAAAUGAUAGGGCCGCAUUAGAUGAAUACAUAUGUAAUCUUGAGUUCAGAAUUAAGCAAAAAUCAGAAGUGAGGCAUCAAAAUUUGAACUGUGUUCGACCUCCAGAUAAUCACUUCUCUAAACUAGAUUCUGGUCUAAAGAAGAAUACCACAUUCGUUAAGAAAUUAAAGUCUUUUAGUGCUACACAAAUGGAUGCACUCAUCAAAGAUUUCAGCUCAUUAAAUUUGACUAAAUAUAUAUCGGAGGUUGCAGCAGCUAUAGCAGAGGCAAAGUUGAAAAUGUCUGAUAUUCCAGCUGCAAUAAAUUUAUGUUCAUCCCUUCACCGCACAUAUGCUGAAUUUGCUUCAAACUUUUUCGAAAACUGGCAAAAAAUAUUGACGUUUAAGCCAACAGACAAAAUUGCUAAUUCAUCAAAGUUGCGAGUUGACAUAAGAUUUUAUGCAGAGUUAGUUGCAGUCGGCAUAUUUCCUAACAAAAUGGGUUUACCCUUACUAGGAAAUGUACUCACUGUUCUUAUAAAUAUGGAUAAAGAAGACCAUAAUAAUAUACCAAUAUUGCUUUCUUUUUGCAAACAUUGUGGUGAAGAUUAUGCGGGGUUAAUGCCCAAAAAAGUUAGAGAUGCUGCAGAAAAAUACAGUAUAACUGUGCCAAGAAAUACAUUCUUGCCUGCAGAAAAACAAUCUGCUGUAAGAACUUUAUUGAAGGAUUAUUUCUUAUCUUUAACAAAACACUUACUUGCUGAAAGGACGCAGUUGCAGACAUUGCAUGCUGCAAACCAAAGAACCCUCCAUACACGUGGUGAACUGUCACAGGAAAGGAAGGAUCAGUUAGAACAGCAUCAGGCCACUUAUGACAAACUGUUAGUAGGAGCACAAAAUUUUGCUGAAGUACUAGGAGAAGAUCUUGGUGAAGCUGGAGAACCUCCAGCAUUAAGUUUAACAGUAACUGAAACACAAGGAACGGUGACAAUUGGUGGCAGUGAAGAGUUUAACAUGCAAGCUGGUACAGACCCAUGGCAGGAUGAAGACACACGCACAUUUUAUACCAGCUUACCUGAUUUAAAAGUAUUUAUGCCAAAUUAUCAACUUAAGGAGACAGUUAAAAGCAAGACUGAAACUGUAACAGAAGAAAUGUUAGAUGAAGACUUGAAAGAGGAUGAGCUAAGUGACAGUGAGGAGCCCCCUGCAGUCCCUGAUGUAGAACAAGAAGAUACACAACCAUCCAAUAUCUCCAAUAAAUAUGCUCUUGAUGCAUUUAUGAAUGAACUACCAAACUGUAUAAAUAGAGAACUGAUUGACAAUGCUGCUGUGGAUUUUGUAUUAAAUCUCAACACUAAGAACAAUCGUAAAAAACUUACGAGGGUUCUUUUUAGUGUUGCCAGAACCAGAUUAGAUCUACUACCAUUCUACUCAAGAUUUGCAGCAAUACUGUACCCAGUUCUACCUGAUGUUUGUAUGGAUUUAUGUCAGAUGUUAAAGCAAGACUUCAAGUAUCAUGUUAGAAAAAAGGAUCAAAUAAACAUUGAAUCAAAGAUUAAAGUGGUAAGAUUCAUUGGGGAACUAGUAAAAUUUGGUCUAUAUUCAAAAAUGGAAGCAUUAUAUUGUUUGAAAGUAUUGUUACAUGACUUUAAACACCAUCAUAUUGAAAUGGCUUGUAAUUUAUUGGAGACAUGUGGAAGAUAUCUUUAUUGUAACCCAGAUACACAUCAAAGGACUAUGAUAUAUUUGCAGCAAAUGAUGAGGAAAAAGACAGUUUCUGCACUCGAUUCUCGUUACGUAACGCAAAUUGAAAAUGCAUUUUAUUACGUUUGCCCUCCCGAGGCCCCCGCUCAGCCUAAGGAAGAAGAAGCGCCGAUGCAUCAAUUUAUAAGGAAAAUUCUCCACGAAGAUCUUCAGAAGAGCAACGAAGAGAAGAUUCUCAGAUUGAUGAGAAAAUUGAAUUGGGAAGAUCUUGAAUUAGCAGCAGUUGCUAUACAACACUUAGCAGGCGGCUGGCGAGUUAGGGCUAGCGCCCGGCGAGUGUUGGCGAGACUCACUGCAGAGCUAGCCGCUUGGCAAGAAAACGUCGCGCCUGCUGUUGUCGACACUAUACUCGAAGAGAUAAGAGUCACUAUGGAAGAUCCACAUCCAAAAUAUAAUCAAAGGAGAAUAGCCACUGUGAGAUAUCUCGGAGAGUUGUACAACUAUAAGCUGUUGGACUCUCGCGACGUAUUUACUGUUCUGUACUCCUUCAUUACUUUCGGUGUAACGAAUGAUCAAAGUAAUGCAUCUCCACUUGACCCGCCAGAUAAUGUGUUUAGAAUACGACUAGUCUGCGCGUUGCUCGAAACUUGUGGAGCGUAUUUCAACAGUGGUUCUAGCAAAAAGCGUUUAGAUUACUUCCUUAUAUUUUUCCAAAAUUAUUUCUGGUUUAAACAUUCGGAUCCUUAUUGGACAGAUGACAAUAAGUUUCCUAUAUAUGUUAAAUAUAUCUAUCAGGAGUGUUUGACUAGUCUGAGGCCGAAGAUAACUUUGUUUACAAAUUGGCAGCAAUGUAAAGAUGCUAUAGAAGAAUUAAGACAGAGUUUAUACCCUGAGUUAGGUGAGGAAGAGCAAUAUGAUAAUGAAGAUCAAGGUGACGACAGCGUCAACGAUGGAUUGGACACCAUUAUAGAAACAGACGACGAAACUGAUAAUCCGCAACUCCCUGAUGAGAGUUCAGAUGAGGAACCCAACACAGAGAACACUGGCAACGAUGAUAACGAAAUACCGGCUGAUAAUGACGAUAUGACUCUUCAAGACAGACGGCCAGCUUCGAAGCCUGUUGAAGAUGUGGAAUUCGAAUCGGCCUUCGAGAAAAUGGUGAUGGAGAACAUUGCUGAACGACAGCGCGAGAAUAGGCCGCAGCAACGUGAUAUCGCCGUCCCCAUGACCUGCCGGCAGACCACCAAGAAGACCUACGAACAACUGUUGGUCCCUCAGCAAGGUAAUGAAGGGGUGGAGUUCGUGCUGAUGGUGAGAAAAGGCACGAAGCCUCAGUACAAGUCCUUUAACGCUCCACCGGAACUCGCAAGCAAUUUGCAACAACAGGCCUUAGCCGACAAGCAGGAGAUGGAGAGAGUUAAACGACUAACCCUUAACAUAUCGGAGAGACAAGAAGAAGAGGAGUACAGUGCGGAAAGCGGGGGAGGGUCGGGUGGCAUCGGAAACCCUAAUCGCGGUCAGCACGUCCGGCAGAAGUACCAGCAUCCGAAGGGGGCGCCCGACGCCGAUCUCAUAUUUGGACCUAAAAAAUUUAAAUAAACAUUCUUUGACUUUCAAUCUUGGCAUUUAUAUAAAACAUUACUUGGUGCUGUCUGUCUGCCGUCUAGCAAGUGGCGAUAAUUCACAAAUUAUCAUUAUUCCUACGAUUCAACUCACACUGGCGCAGAGUCGAAGAGUCGCGUUGCUUCAUGUUUAUCGCCUUGGGAUUACCUUAACAGUGACAAAAUAAGAGGCGAAUUUGCUACAGACGAAAAACAUGAAACUUGGUAUUAAGAAGUCGCGAGUAUAAGUAGGGAUACCUAAAUAGUGGUUAAAUAGAGGUGAAUUUGCUACAGCCGAAACGCGUCGUGUUACUUCGAUUGCGCCACUGUGAGUUGAAUCUUUUAAGUUUUGACACGCCCAAACAGUGAUGGUUGUUCGUUUGUCAUCGGCGCAUCUGGAUGUAGCGUCUGAUGAUCAUCUUAAUUUAGCGAUUGUACUACAAUAUGUAAAUCAAUAUACAUACUUGUCUAUAUGACAUUAAUUGAAUAGUAAUUAUUGAGAUCUUAUAUAUCGAUUAUUUUUAUGUAAGUUUCUUUAAGGAGGAUAAUAUAUUUCUGCUAAUAUUUUGUAUAAAAACAGAAAUAAAUGACAUACUAAAAUAUUAAUAUUUUUUGAUUAAGGUACUGGUAAUGGUUUUAAAAUAUAUUAGAAAAAAGGCCGCUGAGCUACGUGUCUCUCUCGUCCCAUUUAAUUCUAAC